AUGUCGUCCCCUUCUUUUGGUGCUAUCAAGUCUUAUCAUCAUCAAGCUCAGCAUCUGGUUAACAACUAUCUCCUGGCUGAUCCUUUUAUUCCUUACACUUCUGUUCUCACCGGCAUUUUCCUUUGCAAACUGGUCUAUGAUCUUUGUCACUUUAUCAGCAACUCACAUUCUAAGACCUAUAUCAUCCUCACCAAAAUUCAGAGAAUUGAAUGGAACAACCGUGGUAUCUCAACAGUUCAUGCUGUUUUCAUCUCCGCUAUGUCACUCUACUUUGUCUUCUGCUCCCAUCUCUUUUCAGAUAGGUGGCACAAUGAUCUUGUCGUUUUCCGGAGCUCACGACUUUCCUCUCUUGGUUUAGGGUUAUCCAUUGGUUACUUCAUUGCUGAUCUUGCCAUGAUCUUCUGGAAGUAUCCUGCUUUGGGUGGACUUGAGUAUAUUGUGCAUCACUCGCUAUCAGGGGUAGCAGUUGCCUACUCCUUGUUUUCUGGGGAAGGGCAGUUGUAUACCUACAUGGUCCUCAUUUCCGAGAUUACAACCCCAGAGAUCAACUUGAGAUGGUACCUGGACACAGCUGGUAUGAAGAAGUCAAUGGCAUAUGUUGUCAACGGCGUUUUCAUCUUCUUGGCUUGGCUGGUUGCUAGAAUUCUGCUAUUCAUAUACAUGUUUUAUCAUGUGUAUCUCCACUACAAUCAGGUCAUGAGGAUGCACAUCUUCGGAUACGCUCUGGUAUUUGGGGUACCAGCUGCGCUGGGUAUAAUGAACUUGAUAUGGUUCGAAAAGAUUGUGAGAGGGGUGAAGAAAACAUUAGCAAAGAGAUGUGAAUGCUGA